UUUCCCAGCCGGAAUGGGGGUUCACGAGAGACAGGCACCUGUCUGCCUGUCCCACGUGGGACAGCGUCUGCACCGGUACUGCUUUGUACCCACCUCCUGAAUACAGUCACGGCACAUCGGCCCUAGCACUAUUCUGGAUGUGCUGGUGGUCAGUUGGAGAGGAGGUAGCGAUGUGUAAACAUCACAGCCAUGGCCCCCAUCAACCUCAAGCACAGAAUUGGCAUAGCAUCCAUAAAGAUCAAUCAAAAAUACAAGCAGCAUUUCCACUUGUGGAGGACUACAGUAGCUGUGAUAUUGUCAAAGCUACACAAUAUGGCAUAUUGGAGCGGUGCAAGGAAUUGGUGGAAGCAGGAUAUGAUGUCAGACAACCAGACAAAGAAAAUGUGACACUUCUUCAUUGGGCAGCAAUAAACAACAGACUGGAUCUUGUAAAGUUUUAUAUUUCCAAAGGUGCAGUAGUGGAUCAACUAGGUGGAGAUUUAAAUUCAACUCCACUUCACUGGGCCAUUAGGCAAGGGCAUUUAUCUAUGGUAAUACUGUUGUUAAAUUGUGGAGCAGAUCCCACUCUUAUUGAUGGUGAAGGAUACAGCAGCAUUCACUUAGCAGUGGUCUUUCAGCAUAUGCCCAUAAUAGCUUAUCUCAUAUCAAAAGGCCAGAGUGUAGACACAACAGAUUUCAGCGGACAAACACCUCUUAUGCUGUCAGCACAGAAAGUAAUUGGACCAGAACCCACCGGAUUUCUUUUAAAGUUUAAUCCCUCUCUCAGUGCUGUAGACAAAAUUCAGAAGAAUACUGCGUUGCAUUGGGCAGUUACAGCAGGAAAUGUUAAUGCUGUAGAGCUACUUCUGGAUGCUAGAUCUAAUUUGGACAUCAAAAAUGUCAAGGGAGACACACCGCUUGACCUUGCUCACCAAAUUCAGAAUCGCUUGAUUAUUCAUAUGCUAACUCAAGAAGAAAAAAUGAGAAUCAGAAAAAACUCCAGGUUACUCAGGAUGUUAGCGAAAUAUGAGUUUUUCCUGCUGUUGCUGUCUUCCUUGACACUGAUGUGGGCUAUAGGAUACAUAAUGGACUUAAAUUCCGAUUCUUGGCUUUUGAAAGGAAGUCUGCUUCUCUUCAUAUUUUUCGGGAUAAGUCUGCUUACAAGGCAAUUUGUGGGGCUCAAGAACCUAAAAUAUUUACCAGCAAUUUUCAUGCUAAGUUCCAUUUUUUGGGUGUCUAUGACCUGGUUUGUCUGGUUCCUGCCCGAUUUAGCAGACACAAUUUUCCAGAUCCCCUUCAUCCUCAGUGUGGUGGGUCUUCUCUACUAUUUCUACAAAACAUGGAGAACUGAUCCUGGAUACAUUAAGAUUUCCGAAGAAGAAAGAAGAAAGAAUAUUGUUACUCUUGCAGAAGCUGGCCACUUGGAUUUCAGAACAUUUUGCACAUCAUGUCUUGUAAAAAAGCCUUUAAGAUCCAUGCAUUGCAUUGCUUGCAACUCAUGUACUGCUAAAUAUGACCAACAUUGUUUAUGGAUUGGACAAUGUAUAGGUGUUGGCAACCAUUAUUAUUUCAUCUUGUUUCUGCUCUUCCUAACUAUGGUGGGAGUCUGGAUGGUAUAUGGAACUCUUCUCUAUUGGUCAGAACAUUGUGCAACAACUUACCAGCAAGAUGGAGCGUGGACUUACUUUACACAGAUAGUGUCUUGUUCUCCAUGGGUUUUGUACAUUUUUACACUAGUGUGUUUUCAUACUUCCUGGGCUUCGUUGAUGCUAAUUAUUCAGCUUUAUCAGAUUGCAUUUCUGGGCUUGACCUCACAUGAGAGACUACACCUCAUAAUACAAAGCAAGUGUUCUAAGCAUGCUGUUUCUCUAAGGAAAUCUCCAUACAAUCACGGAUGCUUCCAGAACCUUGCAGACUUUUUUCAGUGCAGUUGCUUUGGUAUGUUCAAGCCCAACAUAGUCGACUGGACUAAACAAUAUACUCUAACAUUUCAUCCAGCAAAAGGUAAAAACGUUCACUCUGUAUGAAGAAAAGCAACAUCAAAUUCUUAGAGCUGAGCUGAAAGCUAAAUAAAACUGGAUAUUCUUUA